UUUUGCUUGGAAGUUUUUUUGGGAAAAAAUUUUGAAUAAUAAUAUAAGUUGUUUUUGUUUACCAAAUUAAAUUUGCUUACUUGUAUUCUGUAUGGUUUCAAGACUAGUCAGAUUUAUCCAUUUUGUUUCACAAUGGAAGAAUCAACGGUUAUUACUCCGGCGAAGUUUAUAAACAGUUUAAAAAAUUUAAAAAUAAGGUCUGAUAAUUGUUCUGUAACUCAAGUUCAACAUUUAUUUGAUGAUAAAGAUAUCGUUGAAUUGUUAACGUUUUUCUGUAAUAAUGUAACAAGUGAUAAUUUAAUUUCUGGAGCUGAAUUAAAUACUUACAUGCACUUGGAAGAACGGAAUUUAGUUUUGGAUGAUGAACAACUCGACGAAGCUACAUGUGAAAUUGAGAAUGCAUAUCCUGGUUUAUUGGACUUGAAUGAGGAAGAUUUACAACUUUUGGAAGACGAAUUAAAAGAUGAACAAGAAUAUUUAAAAGAAUUGGAAACUUUGAUUGAAAUUGAAUUGGAAAAUAAUGGAAAUUUAGAAGGUGAAAUACAUUCACUAAACGAGGAAAACAUAUCAUUAUCUGUUGAAUCUGAAACUUAUAACGAAAAUUUAAUGAAACUGAGUGAAAAUUUGAAUGAUGUUCAGAAUAGUUUAAAAGAAACUGUAUUUGAUUUGGCAAACUUUUAUCAUAGUUCAUCUAAUUUAUAUACGGAUCAUUUUAUACAAAAUUCAAAAUCAAACAUUGAUUUAAUCCAAAAUUUCUUGUACAAUUACAUGAAAACUGGUUUUACGAAUCCUCAAUUACAAUUAUAUCCGUUCAUUUUAUUAAUCGCAAAUCUAAAUGAACAUAAACGAACUUUAAAUGAAAAUAUGACUUUGUACAUUGUCUCAUUAUGUGAGUUAGAAUAUCAAAAAAGUGUUUACGAAACAAUGAAAAAUUUUGAAAUACCAAAUUUAUCCGUAAAUAAAAUUGAGUUUGAAAAACUACGAUUGCAAAAGAAUAUCGAAUUGUUAGAAAAUGAUAUGUCUUCAAUGAAUGCCUAUUUGAGACCAAGUAUAGAGCAAAUGGUCAAUAAUAAAAUAUCGAAUGUUUUGCUAAAAUAUACUACAGUUAAAUUAGAACGGCGAUUGGAAAGACAAAAAAAAGUUACAACAUUAUCAAAUCAUGUAAUAAAUAUUCGGAACCAGUGUCGUAUCUUAGAUGGAUUUUUACAUUUUAUUCUGGAUGGCUUAACACAAAAUCAAAAUAUAAUCUUAGAUAUAGUACGACAGUUAUCAAAUGAUCAGUCAAAUUUUAAAAAACGAUUGGAACAAAUGGAUUUGGUAAUUAACGAACAUAAUAAAACAAUUGGAGAACCGAAUAAUAUUGUUAAAAUAAACGAAGUCUUACAAAUUUUAUCGAAAAUUGCACGAAAUGACGAUGAUAGUGAACCAGAAAAUUUACAAAAAUUAUCACAGAAUUGUAAACAAGUUGAAAUAAAUUUUAGCCGAAAACAAAAAAAUAUAUUCAAAAUGGAAUGUGAAAUGUUUCAAAAUACUUUGAUUCCAUUGAAAAUGAAAUUAAAACCAAUGUUAAAAUUAAUAUUUUCCGAUGAACAUUCCAAGCGAAUUGUGGCUGAUGAUAUAAACAUAUUAAAAUUAAUACACCAAGUUGAGAAACAUUUGGAAAGGGAUACAGAAACUUUGGAAAAUCUUACAACUAAAUUAAAAAAGAUCAUGAAACAAAUAUCGACCGAUAAAUGGUUCAACUAUCAUCACUUUUUAUGGGUAUGGUUUUUAAUAAGUCCAAAAAAAGUGCACAAAGUUUUAAAAGAAAUUGAUCAGGAAAUACAAAAGUUAACUAACGAGGAGAAAUAAAUUUAAUUAUGGCGAGAUUAUAACGAUUGUUUUUAUACAAUUUUGG